AUGAGCAAUUCUUCACCCCAGGUAGCUGAGGCAACGGCUGCGCCAGCAGGAGCGUCUUCUGGCGGUGGAGGCGCGAACACAUCAGAACACGACGCGACAAGUUCUGCGCAACGGAAACCUACACAGGGAUCACAGAAUGGUGCUUCGGCCAGCGCACUCCCCCCAGCAUCGGCUGCAUCUGUAUCUUCAUCUGCAGGCAGUGGUUCGAUUGCACGUAAGAGAUUGGCCCAAGAGAGGGCAGCUUGGAGAAGAGAUCAUCCAGCAGGCUUCUCCGCUAAAUACGCACCCAUGGCGGAUGGGUCUGUCGGACAGGAUAUUAUGAAGUGGAUUUGUAAAGUCCCAGGAAAGAAGGGCAGUUUGUGGGAAGGUGGCGAAUACUGUCUCACAAUGGAAUUUCCCGAGGAAUAUCCCAGCAAACCUCCAAAGUGCAAGUUUACGCCGGUCCUAUUUCAUCCAAACGUAUAUCCAUCUGGAACUGUUUGCCUAUCGAUUUUGAAUGAGGAUGAAGACUGGAAGCCGUCAAUCACGAUCAAGCAGAUCCUUCUUGGGAUCCAGGAUCUACUGGACAAUCCCAAUCCCCAGUCACCUGCCCAAGCCGAGCCUUAUAUGCUCUACUGCCAAAAUCGUGAUGAAUACAACAGAAGGGUGAAAAACCAAGCAAUACAGAUGCGGCCCAAGGACUGA